UAAUUAAGAUGCGAUCGCAGACUGGCGUUGACAGCUGCAAGCAGGAAUAAAGCAAAAUAAAAUAAAAAGGACACCGGUUUGGGUUCUGUAGUGGCUAUCGGAGAAACCGAGAACGGACAGAAACUGAUAAAGACAGCUGAACUUUGGUGCAUUUACUAUCUGUGGAUCUGUUUAGUAGAAGCUUGUGGAUUAAAAUAGUUGUAAUAGCUGGGGAAAUGUUUCCAAGACUUCAGAAACAGAAAAGCGUCAGACCGAGAUCUUCGUUGGGCGGCAAAUCGUCAAUGUGCUUUCGUUUCGUCGCGCACCAUAAGCGAGUGGUCAAGAGUUUCCUUUAAAUAACUUGCUGUCCUCCCGGCGUAUAACGAGCGCGCCGCGGGUGCAGCGGUACUGAUGAGUCAGAGCGGAGUCGGCGGUCACAGCGGCAGCAGACUGGAGCUCCACUCGUGGAGGAGGAGGAGGCGCGUUUAGCCGGCUUUGUGUUGUUAAGCGCCGGUGCCACCAUGUACACUUUCGUCACCAGAGACGAAAAUAGCAGCGUGUAUGCCGAAGUUUCCAAAAUGCUGCUCUCCACCGGACAAUGGAGGAAAUUAAAACGCGACAAUCCCAGAUUUAAUUUAAUGCUGGGAGAAAGGAACCGGCUACCCUUUGGAAGGCUUGGUCAUGAGCCAGGGUUAAUGCAGCUUGUGAACUAUUACAGAGGGGCAGACAAGUUGUGCCGGAAAGCUUCAUUAGUCAAAUUUAUAAAGACAUGCCCAGAACUCUCCGAGUCCUGCAGCUGGUUUCCUGAAUCAUAUAUAAUAUAUCCCACAAAUCUCAACACCCCUGUGGCUCCAGCAACAAAUGGAAUCAACCAUAUGAAGAGCAAUCCAAAGACUGAUGAACGUGAAGUGUUCCUUUCAUCCUACCAUCGAAGAAAAGAGAACAAUGAAGGGACUGUGUGGAUUGCCAAAUCUUCUGCUGGCGCCAAAGGUGCUGGAAUAGUAAUUUCUUCUGAUGCCAACGAACUGCUGGAGUUUAUUGACAAUCAAGGUCAGGUUCAUGUUAUUCAAAAAUAUUUGGAAAGACCUCUUUUGUUAGAACCAGGCCACCGGAAAUUUGAUAUUAGAAGCUGGGUGCUUGUGGAUCAUCAGUACAGUAUCUACCUCUAUAAAGAGGGUGUAUUGCGGACAUCCUCGGAACCAUAUAACAGUUCUGACUUUAAUGACAAAACCAGUCACCUGACAAAUCACUGUAUCCAGAAAGAACACUCCAGAAAUUUUGGGAAAUAUGAAGAAGGCAAUGAAAUAUUUUUCGAUGAAUUUGCACAAUACCUGCAGUGUUCCUGCAAUACGUCGUUGGAAAGCAGCAUUUUACCUCAGAUCAAACAAAUAGUAAGGAGCUGUCUCAUGUGUAUUGAACCUGCUAUCAGCACCAAAUUAUUAUCUUAUCAGAGCUUUCAGUUGUUUGGUUUUGACUUCAUGGUGGAUGAAGAUCUUAAAGUCUGGUUGAUUGAAAUCAAUGGAGCUCCAGCAUGUGCCCAGAAGUUGUAUCCUGAGCUGUGCCAAGGUAUCAUUGAUAUGGCAAUCUCCCCCAUAUUUCCUUUGAAUGAUUCUACUCAAAAAACUUCUGUCCAACAGUCUAUAUUUAUCAAGCUGUAAUGUACAGUAUUUGAAAGACCCAAGUGUUUCACAUCUGACUGCUUCUUCAAAAUUCUCUCCAAGAUUUCAUUUGACUACUACUUUGCUGGAUUUAAUUUUCUUCAUUUUGUUUUAUUUUUAUUUUUUGGCAACAACAUGUGGAAUGAUGCAACAAGAAAGGAAUAGAUGGGGAAAAAAACAAUUUUCAAGAGACCUGCAAUCAUCUGCACUUCUAAUUCUUGAUGAAGUGGAAUUCAUUAAUUUUUUUGGGACGUGGGGUUUUGACUUUUGUUCUCAGAUGGGUUACCAGCAUGCUUUGGUAUGUGGUACGGGUGCCAAAGACAUGCAAGAUACACAAGGAGAAAAUACUCAACCUAUUAUGGGAACAUGGUAGAAUUGCCAGGAUAUAAAUACUCAAGGGUGCAUUUUUUCCUUCAUGUUGGCAAUUGUCCUUCUACAAAUGACAAGCUGUUGCAUAAUCAUGAACACUGGGAUGCUCUGCCAUUCAUAGUUAUGAGGGUUGCAUACUUUAUCAUACAGCAUUUGUGACUUUAGUGCCUUACAUCUUUUCACACAAAUGGAAGAUAUAAGAUUUUUUUUAGUGUGGUAUCUAAAAAAUUAUGAAAAGGGAUUAAAGUUUCAUGUUAUUAAGAAAUACAUGUAGAAGUGCAUAAUUAUUGUUAUAAUUGUAACAUUUUUAUGCAUCCUGGUGAGUGCAGAAAGACAUUUCUUUCAGUAAAACCUGCAUGCUUUAAACUUGGUAAUUUGUUUUGUUUAGUUUUGGUCAUACCAUACUUAGCAGCAGACAUCCUUAAUGGUGAAGUAAUCUGGCAUCUGUUACAAGGGAAUGGACAGUAAGAUAUCUAGAUUUCUGUUACCUUUGUUACGAAUACAAAGUAUUACUCACCAUUUGAUAAAAGCCGAAUAUAUAUAUGUUCCAUAUUGCCAGUGUACAGUAAUGGCAUAGUCGCUGUGAUUUAAAUGUUACAAUACACACUCAUUAAGAAUAAUUAAAACAUUCUUCAUAAUCUAGCAUAAAACCAUUCAUUUUAAUAUGUUAAGAUUUUAAUUGAAUGUUGACCGACCUGACUAGUAAAGCCUUAAUUACGCUACUUAAAUAUAUCCAGUGGCUGUUAAGUAAUAAAAUGAUCCAUUGCCCAGUAAAACUUACAUACAGAGAUUUCCUAGAAUAGACCCCCUUUUAAAUGUAGUAAUUUGUUUUUUGAGCACUUGUAUUUCACAGGUAUUUUUUUUUUUUUAUCAAUGUUGCUAUAUAUUUUCACAUUUUGAGCAGAUAAUCAAUGUUCAAUGAGCCAUCACAUUAUCUGAUAACUUAGACUUUUCAGGGAAGUUCACAUGUAGAUUGUGCUGAACCUUGAUUGCAGUUAAAAAAAAAUCUGUAAUUAAGACCUCUAACUUGUGAUGAAUUCAAUGUAUUGCCAAUACGUAUUAAAUGUUUUAUCGUUUUAUUCUUCUAAGUUUACAUUGGACAGAUCUGUUACUAGCUAACUACUAGCUAGGCCAUGUUACAUUAUGCACCUUUUCCAGCAAUUUUCAGUCCGCAGCCUUCAUUAAAAUGACUUUAGGGAGUCCAAGGCAGCCAGCAGUACGCGUCUGUGAAACCCGUCACCUAGUCUGACAUACCCACCGACUCGCUCUAAUUAGUCCAUGACUUGCUCUGACAAAAUCUGAUAAAAUCAAACAGGUUUGAUUUUGCCUUUAUUUGUAGGGAUGGGCUCUGUGUGCAUGAGAGCUGACAACAAAUUAAUGCUCAUGCAGAAGUACAAUGCAUAGAAAAUAGCAAUGAGGAAUAAAAAAUGUGGGUGCUUAGACCUCACAAACACAAGAGAAUCUCGUCUGUCUGAUGUCUCAUGUUUUAUGUACCACAACAGAAUACAAAAAGAAAAAAAAAGUAGAGAUUGAGGCUGAACUCACAGUAGCUGUUAGCUAUUCGUAAUGGCACUGGCUCCAUCAAGCAACACACUAUUGGCUGUCACAAAAAAGGGUGAAGGUCAGCAGAGAGUCACGUAAUUUGAUAUUUGUGUAAAUCGAUGUGGUUCAGUGAGGAGAUCGGCAACCGAGGUCAGAAUGUCUGACAUACCCCACGACUAGAGGCCAUAGCUGAUAAUUUAAAAUUAAAUCUCAUUCUGUAGACAUUGUGAGCUAUAGGAAAUAUUUUUGAUUUAAAUUGGUUUUUGUUUUUAUUUCAAUUGCAGAGUUUUUUUUAUUAUUUAAGAAAGUGCAGGCCUUUUAUUUAUAAUAAAUAUAUGAAGGACCAAAAAACUUACCUAGGAGAAGGCUACAGCAUGUUGAGGAAAGUUUCAGUUUAUAGAUAAGCUAAGCAUAAUACAUUAGCAAAUUGUUUCCUUGUAAGACAAUUUUUUUGCUUCUGUUUGCUAGACAAUACAUACAUUUUAAAGGGUGCUUGAAAAUGCAUUAGCUUUUAUUAUAAAAGAUUUGUUGAUUCUGAAAAAGUGACUGCGUUUGGAGAAAAAGAAGAUCGUACAGAACUGAAAAAAUGAAGCUGAAGUAAAAGUCAAAUUUUUUUCUGUAAAUGUAUUCUUCACACUAUAGAGAAAACAAACGAGUUGACCACAAUCAGGGUCAGAAUUAUAAUUCUAAUAAGGUGUUGCUUGGUUCCCCAGUUAUUCAGUUGGUUUUGUUAAGCCUGUUUUUAAGCAAUAAUAGUUGCAAUAUUUUCCUGCCAUAAUAGUACUGGAAAGGCAUUAAAGAAUAGCACCUUAUGAGAUUGUUUUUAGGUUUGAUCAAGUAUACUUUUGAAGAACCAUGUUGUCUAAUUUCAUAGAAUAUUUAGGUGACUUUUUUUUAGAAAUGUUAUUAUUUGUACAUUUAUUUGGGGUUUUCUUAUAAAGCAGAAGGAUAGAUGUGUUGAUUUAAAGAUUGGUUUGAAAGUCGAUGUAAGCGUUUUUCUAUUUAUACUUUCAAAGGUAAAUGCUAAUAAGUUAAAAUGUUUAAAGGCUGUUUUCUUUUUCACUGACAGGUAGAUUUGGUUUAUGAAGUGAAUGUCUAGAAUCUGCCACCACCAAUAUGUAAGGAAAAAAGUAGAGCCUUUUUUUUAUUUUAGAUAAAAGGAAUAUUUUGUAUACUUUUCAGUUAAUAGCAAAAUUCCUUAUUGGCUUUACCGUUAGUUUGCAGCUGCAUUUUCUAUUGAAUUAUUGUCAGAUUUCAUACAAACUUUAUAUAAAAAUUAAAAAGAUUCCAUGUGAAACGUCCGAUUUGUUCACACGUAGUCCUUUUUGUUACGUACAUCCUAGCCUCUUGGGGACACAUUUAAAAGAAGCUCAGGAUUACACCUAUAUUGCCUAUCAUCCCUCUUGGCAACAUAGAUCUAUCUGCCUGUCAUUUAAACCAAACUAACUUGAC